CAAUCAUUUGCUCACGCCAAAGCAUCGGAAAGGGGCAUGAGAUCGGCAUGAGAUGGCCGAUGUCAGGCGGAGCGACGAGAGUCGCAAUGCGGCCAAUGGGCGGGGAGACCUGGCGCUGUGCGACCUGGGCAUGGGCCCUCUCUCGUGCUUUGUGACGAUGAAGCCCUUGUCCUGUGACUACCUCGCGCCCAUCAGCGCUGAUCGGCAUGAGGAGCAGGUAAGUCGCCAGGCGGACCCAAAGUUGGACCGCCCGAGCCCGAAGCCGAAGACGGAGCCGGGCCCCAUGCGCCCAAUGCCAAAAGCCGCGCCGGAGUCUCCGUCCAGUUGCCUCAGCAGCCCCAACCGCAGCGAGCGGUCGCUCUUCAAGCGCGGGCCCACCUUUGCGCCCGCGCCUUCGAGAUCCACGGAGUACCGGAACGAGGAGAGCUGGAGGGGCGCUACACGACUUGCCAGAGGCUCCAGUGUGAGCCUGGAGUCUCAGCAGAAGGAGCUGCUGUCGGCGUGGAACUCGGGACGACUGCUGGAGGCGUGGCGCCUGGUGGAGGAGUCCCGCGCCACGCAGCGGAACUUCCACGAGGUCUUGGACGACGUGGCGCUGGAGACGCUGAGGAGGGUGGAGGCCAGCUAUGCGCAGUCCUUGGACGAGCUGUCGCAGAAAUCUGGGGACUGGAUCAAGGACCGAGAUGAGGCGUCUGAUUUGGAUAUGGCCUUCCGGCUAACCAACGACACCUUGCAAGCUGUUGCCAGCACCGUCUGCAACGGCUGGGAUGUGGUUCAAGUGAUGGACGGCCUGCUUCAAUACGUCCUUCAGCAUGAGUACAACGGGGACAUUUUAGUGCAGCCGUUGGAUACAGAGUUGGAGCACGACAUGCUGCUCCAUGUAUACAGAUCCGGACACGGUGCCAAUGAAGAUAACAUUUUCCACAUGAGCUGGCUGGAUGCGUUGGACGAGCCCUUGGGGGCUCUGUGGUUGUCGAGCUACACGAACCCUUUGAAGCGGAGCCGGCACCCCACCACCUUCCGAAACGCAGCGCUGCCAAAGGCUCGCAGGGGCGCCGUGCGCCUGAGCUUCUGGCGGAGCUCCUUCGCCGUGGCCCCCCUUUGGCGCGACCGCGCGGGGGGCGGCAGGACGUCGCUGCGCGCCGUGCGGGUGACCUACGCACUAGCGCGGCGGCCCUCCAGCGCCGCGUGCAUCUUCCAGAACAUGAUGCACCGCGAGGUUGGGAAGAUGCUGACGAGAUUCAAAGACUUUCUCAACAGCGAGAACAUGAAAGCUGAGAGUCGGGCUGUCUAUGACUGCAUCCGAAGGCACAUCCAGGAGCGCGCCUCAGAAAGACCGGCCCAGGAAGCGGAGAGGUCGUUUCAGGAGCUUGCCAGCUUCCUGCACGAGGACUGGGCUGAUUACCACGACCCCGUGCACGUUAACGAUGUUAGCCAGUGAGCAGCGCACGAAACCUCCAAUUGGCCCUUCAGAGGCUUGGAGUUGCCAGUGAGA